AUGGCGGGCCUGAGCUCCCCGGAACCGAGCACCGGCCCCGGUCCCGUCCCGGCCACUCGCGUGGAGCUCACGGUGUCCUGCAGGCAGCUUCUGGACAGGGACACCUUCUCCAAAUCGGACCCACUCUGUGUGCUGUACACGCAGCGUCCUGGCAGCCACCAAUGGCGAGAGUUUGGCCGGACUGAGGUCAUCGACAAUUCCCUGAAUCCUGAUUUCCUGCACAAGUUUGUCCUCGAUUAUUGCUUUGAGGAGCGGCAGAACCUGCGCUUUGACUUGUAUGAUGUAGACUCCAAGAGCCCUGACCUCUCCAAGCAUGAUUUCCUGGGCCAGGCAUUCUGCACCCUGGGGGAGAUUGUGGGUUCAGCCGGCAGCCGCCUGGAGAAACCCCUGACGAUGGGGACAGUCACCAUGCACCCCCGGGGCAGGAGACCCACCCCAGCCGCCUCCAACGGUGGCAUUCUGGGGAAGAAGUGCGGCACCAUCAUCCUCCUCGCUGAAGAGUUGGGAAACUGCCGGGAUGUGGCCACCCUCCAGUUCUGCGCCAACAAGCUGGAUAAGAAGGAUUUCUUUGGGAAAUCUGACCCCUUCAUGGUCUUCUACCGCAGCAACGAAGACGGGACUUUUACCAUCUGCCACAAGACGGAAGUGGUGCGGAAUACACUGAACCCUGUCUGGGCAGCCUUUGCCAUUCCUGUGCGUGCCCUCUGCAACGGGGACCAUGACCGAGCCAUCAAGGUGGAGGUAUACGACUGGGACCGUGAUGGCAGCCACGACUUCAUUGGGGAGUUCACCACCAGCUACCGGGAGUUGGCGCGAGGCCAGAGCCACUUCAAUGUGUAUGAGGUGGUGAACCCCCGGAAGAAGAUGAAGAAGAAGAAGUACCUGAACUCGGGGACAGUAACACUGCUUUCCUUCACUGUGGAGGCUGAGCACACCUUCCUGGACUACAUCAGGGGCGGGACCCAACUCAACUUCACAGUGGCCAUCGAUUUCACGGCAUCCAAUGGGAACCCCUCGCAGCCCACGUCCCUGCACUACCUGAGCCCCUUCCAGCUGAAUGCCUACAGCCUGGCACUGCGGGCUGUGGGGGACAUCAUCCAGGACUACGACAGUGACAAGAUGUUCCCAGCCCUUGGCUUUGGUGCCAAGGUCCCUCCGGAUGGGCAUGUGUCUCAUGAGUUCCCACUGAAUGGGGAUGCAUCAAACCCAGCGUGCUGUGGCAUUGCGGGGGUGCUGGAGGCUUAUCAGCGCAGCCUGCGCCGUGUCCAGCUCUAUGGCCCCACCAACUUCGCCCCUGUUGUCAAUCAUGUUGCCCGCUCGGCGGCCAUGGUGCUGGAUGGGUCCCAGUACUUCGUCCUCCUCAUCAUCACCGAUGGUGUCAUCUCUGAUAUGGCCCAAACCAAGGAGGCCAUUGUCAAUGCUGCAAAAUUGCCCAUGUCCAUCAUCAUCGUGGGAGUCGGCCAGGCUGAGUUUGAUGCCAUGGUGGAACUGGAUGGGGAUGACAUCCGCAUCUCUUCCCGUGGGAAAGUGGCCGAGCGUGAUAUUGUCCAGUUUGUUCCAUUUCGUGACUACAUGUCGGGGGGUCCCGGUGCGGGGCUGAGCAUGGCAGGGCUGGCACGGGAAGUCCUAGCUGAGAUUCCUGACCAGCUCCUCUCUUACAUGAAGGCACGGGGCAUAAAACCCACCCCCAUCCCUCCCAUGUCCUCUGAAACCCCACCACCCUGA